CCUAACAGUCGGAUUUGUUUCGGCCGUUGGUCCGUCUCUGGUACUAUCAUCAAAAGGCGUCGGUCUAACUAACGGCUACUGAGAAUGGUUCUGGUUCCGCUUUCUCACGGUGGGCUUCGGGAUGUUCAGUUGACACCCAAUAACAAGAGCGGAAAUCUGGAGCAGCAAGUUAUCAGUUAUCCCAGCAGCGCACGGUGCCAGAGCGCUCCCUGCUGGCGCAACCACAUCAGUGCUGUUCAGUGCAUGGCCGUCAGCAAUGUCCCCAGAACGGCCCAGGGAGGAACCGAGCAAAGUCACAGAGCCAACCUCACAUUGUGCCCCCGGACCACCUGUUCAGGAGCAGCCGCUGUCAUCGCCCUGGUCCCCGUGAAGUAGCAUGCGAGACGGACUCUGCUUGGAGCGCACCGAGCGGGACGAGCCCAAAGUGAAGUGAGAAGAAGCAGAGAGAAGCGCGCUUCCGCACCGCAUGUUAAGCCAGCAAGUUGCCUGACGGAACAAAAGUCGCGUCGACGGGGAAGGGGACAGACGCUCGCGGAUUUUACGGAGGUUUCCAGGGACACUUGUUUCGGCAAAAAUGAAAUUCGCGGAGCAUCUUGCGUCCCAUAUCACCCCGGAAUGGAGGAAACAAUAUCUCCUGUAUGAGGCCUUCAAGGAUAUGCUGUAUGCAGCCCAAGACCAAGCCCCAUCCAUAGAAGUCACAGAGGAAGACACAGUGAAAAGAUACUACGCUAAGUUUGAGGAGAGAUUCUUCCAGACCUGCGAGAAGGAGCUUCUGAAAAUCAACACCUUCUAUUCAGAAAAACUCGCUGAAGCUCAGAGACGGUUUGCCACGCUGCAAAAUGAGCUGCAGUCAUCACUGGAUGCCCAGCGAGAGAACAUCGUUCUGCCCGGGCUUCGAAAACGCAAGACAAUGUUCCACCUGUCGCAGGAGGAGCGCUGCAAGCACCACAACAUCAAGGACCUGAAGCUAGCCUUCAGCGAGUUCUACCUCAGCCUCAUCCUGCUCCAGAACUACCAGAACCUGAACUUCACAGGUUUCCGCAAGAUCCUGAAGAAACAUGACAAGAUCCUGGACACGACUCGUGGAGCCGACUGGCGUGUGGCUCACGUGGAGGUGGCUCCUUUUUACACCUGCAAGAAGAUCACACAGCUCAUCACUGAAACAGAGACACUGGUCACCACAGAGCUGGAGGAAGGAGAUCGCCAGAGGGCCAUGAAGAGGUUGAGAGUUCCUCCUCUGGGCGCAACUCAGCCUGCUAUGGCCUGGACGACCUUUAGAGUGGGUCUCUUCUGUGGCUUCUUCAUCAUUCUGGCUGUCGUCUUUGUUCUCAAUGGUGCUGCCUUCAUCCGCAAUGAGAACAUUUGGCCUCUGGUGCGGAUCUAUCGUGGCGGCUUCCUGUUGAUCCAGUUCCUUUUCCUGCUGGGAAUUAACACCUAUGGAUGGAGACAGAAUGGAGUCAACCAUGUCCUCAUCUUUGAGAUUGAUCCACGAAACAACCUGUCACACCAGCACCUGUUUGAGAUUGCUGGUUUCCUGGGUGUGUUAUGGUGUCUCAGCAUCCUCUCGUGUUUAUACUCAGAGCACACCUACCUCCCCAUGCAGAUCAACCCUCUAAUUCUUUACGGCUUUAUGGUGCUCUUCCUCAUCAAUCCAUUUAAAACCUGCUACUACAAAUCCCGCUUCUGGCUCCUCAAACUGCUGUUUCGUGUGUUCACUGCACCGUUUCAUCGGGUGGAGUUUGCAGACUUCUGGCUGGCAGAUCAGCUCAACUCUUUGGUGUUUGUACUCAUGGACUUGGAGUAUCUCAUCUGCUUCUACAUAUUUGAGCUUCAGUGGAGCAACAGCAAGGGGCUGCUACCCAAAGAUCCCAAUGACAACAUCUGCCACAGCUACUGGUACGGCCUGCGUGCCAUUAUUCAGUGUCUGCCUGCCUGGCUUCGUUUCAUCCAAUGCCUGAGGCGUUACCGUGACACCAAGAGGGCCUUCCCACACCUGGUCAACGCCGGCAAAUACUCCACCACCUUCUUCGUCGUCACCUUCGCAGCCCUCUACGCCACACACAUUGAACAAGGACACACAGACGCGGACAUGUUUUUGUACCUUUUGAUCGUGUUCUCCAUCAUCAGCUCCCUCUACACUCUGAUCUGGGAUCUGCGUAUGGACUGGGGUCUGUUUGAUCGUGGAGCCAGAGAAAACACUUUCCUGCGAGAAGAAAUUGUUUACCCACAAAAGGCCUACUACUAUUGUGCCAUCGUAGAGGAUGUAAUCCUGCGUUUUGCCUGGACAAUCCAGAUCUCUCUCGCUAUAAUGACCAGGAGUCACUCUGUGGGUGACAUGGUGGCCACCAUCCUGGCUCCGCUUGAAGUCUUCAGGCGUUUUGUGUGGAACUUCUUCCGUCUGGAGAAUGAGCACCUGAAUAACUGUGGUGAGUUUCGAGCAGUGCGAGAUAUCUCAGUGGCGCCGCUCAACGCUGAUGACCAGACGCUGCUGGAGCAGAUGAUGGACCAGGAGGACGGUGUCAGGAACCGCUCAGGCAAGAAGACCUGGAAGAGGUCCUACAGCCUAACUCUCCGACGCCCCCUGCUGUCCUCUUCACAAUCGAAGAAGGACACAAAGGUGCUGAUUGAUGACACGGAUGACGAGGCCUUCAGCUGAGUCCACUCCAUCUUCUACACACACACACACACACACACACACACACCCACAUUAUAUUUAUAAGGGCGUCCUUUCUUCUCUUCCUUCAUAGUGUAACAUGUUAGUGUAAACCCUUAAACGAGUAAAGAAGGUCCUCACCUUUACAGAGGUUACCUCAUCUUUAAUUUCCCUUAAUGUGUUUAGAGUAGGUCUUCAUAAGUAUAGAAAACACAUAGAAUCCAGAGACACACAAACACCAAGAGAAACCUGCAGAAGCACAAGCAACGUGUCAUCUCGGUACUGUUGAGGAAGGAGCUGAUGCUACAUUCACACAGAUGGACCGAUGUCAAAGAAACCUUCACAUAACUUACAGAAGCAGACCACACUGCCUGGAUUAUUCACUGUUUUUUAUUAAAAUGACUUCUUUAGUAUCUGGGGUUUUUUUUUUUUUUUACUUUGAGCUGUUUCGGGUUUUGUUACGUUUUUUUCUUCAGGACAGGCUGCAGACGACUGUUCACACGCCUUUCUAACACCACUAGGAUCAACAGGGAGAAGACGAAGCCAAUAAAAGACUAAAACCAGAAAUCUGAGGAAGGACUGAACAAACGUGAAAGCAUAUCUAACAAAUCAUCUGGUUUCAGCUUGUUGGUUGUUUUUAUACGGCUUUUAUUAUGUUUUCUUUUUUUUUUUCUUCUUUAGUUGUAUGUUGUAAAUGAUCACAACCAUUAAAGCACUUGCAGGAAAAGUGCGUUUACAGCAUAAACAUGAAAAAAGACGUUUCAAACACGUGUCUGAAGUUUCUUUGUUAUAUAUUUUAAAGUGUAUUACCACUAAAAAUGUGUUGUUUAUACUAAUAGGACUAGUCUGAACCUCCUCACUUUGACUGUUGAUGUAUUUUAUAUUGUUAAAUGUGCCACAUCUUUAUUAGAAACACAAAUCCCAGAGUUACUCCCCAACCUUAAUUAGUGGAUUUGAAAUCUUUGGUGUUAUCUUAAAGUGCUCUUUUUCACUAAAUACUGCUGAGGUGCAUGCGGUGCAACUAACACUGGUUACCAAAGUUUUUAUCUUGUCAAUGUGAUUCAAAUGAAGUAAAAUGUUUUCAUCAGGUUUGCCUGAACGAGUCCAGAGAUACCAGAGUCAAACAUCAGCUGAAAUCUGCUUCAUUUCACAACAUCCUGAGGCUUGUUAGAAACCUGACGAUAUCUAGUCCUGUUUAAACGACGUGCCAUGAAAAACAAAACGUCUUAGCAAAUGAGGAAAGUUCAUUUAGUUUCGUAUUUCUAUUUUCAUAGAAACUAAUAUAGAUUCAUUACACACGGCAACAUAUUUACUUCUGUUAAAUUUGAUGAUUUUGGCGUACAGCUACAGAAAUAAUUUAAUUUUUUUUUUAAACAGAAGAGUGGAGCAGCUAAAAGGAUGUUAGAUGUAAAGUUUAUUCUACAAAUACUAAGACAGGGCACCUUUUGGGUGAAUAACUGCAUCAACGCUGCGGAGCAUGAAGGAGUCCAGCCUGAGGUGUUCAGGAAGCCUAAAGUUGAUUUAAGAACGUCCUCCAGCUCGUCUGCUUUGUUGGCUUCUGUGUCUCAUCUUCCUCUUGAUAACACAUCGGUUCUCUAUGGAGUUCAGGUCCAGCCACUUUGCUGGCCAAUCAAGACCAGUAACACCAUGGUCAUUGAACUAACUUUUGGUACCUUUGGCAGUGUGGGCAGGUACCGAGUCCUGCUGGAAAAUGAAAUCAGCGUCUGCGUAGAGCUUGAAACGAAGCGGCAUAAAAUGUCCUGCCUGAAUUCAGUGCCUCUCUACCUUUCCUUCAGACUUGGAUCUUGAUUUCAAAAUGAAUGAAACUGCUUUCAUCUGAACAUUGGACCAUUGAAUGACAUCCCCGUUAUUUACCUCUUUAUUCAAGGUGAGAUGAAAGUGACCCCUUCUUGUCCAGAAGGGUCCUAAUACAGGCACUGGACAGCUGUAGACAGUGUCCUGGAUGCAUCUAUAUUUGUUCUUGACUCUAGCUGCAGUCAAAGCCAUGUGAACCUUCCCAAACUCUUAACUGGGCUUUGCUUCUCAAUCCUCUCAAGGCCAAGGCUAUCCCUGUUAGUUGCACACUUUUUUGUCUACCAUACUUUUUCUUUUCACUCAACUUUCCAUUGAUAUGCUUGCAUUUGGCACCCUGAACAGGCUAGGCAACACUGACCUUGGUAGGUUACAUUCUUUGUGCAGGGGAGCAGUCUUCUCUGUAAUUGCAUAGGCCACAACAUUAACAUGACAUCUCUUUUGGUGAGCUGUAAGCCAUAAUCAUCAGGUAACAGAAAUAAAUGCUUUAAAAUGUCAUUGCGUCAUGAGGCUAAAUGAGUUUCACUUUGAACUAAAGUAGUGACAUAAAUUAACAUUUUCUAUGGCAUUCUAAUUUAUUGAGAUGCACUGUUAUUAAAAAGGGAAAUUAAAGGUGAAAAUAGAAACAAAAGCUUUAUGCUCUGGUGUUUACUGUCCAGACAGAGAUUAAUACGUUAUAGACUUUUUGGAACUAACGUCUUUGUAAUAGUUUGAAUUUAAGCUCACUUAAUAUCACCUGAAUUGGUUUCUGCUCCCAAACAGAAACAUUACUGGAAAUAUCUGUGUGAACUCUGAUUCCUGUGAUCACAGCACCAAGGUGUUGAAAAAAUUAGGAUUUCUCAUUGUUGUCAGAUUAGUCCUUAUGUUGACCUUUAGAAAUGAAAUACAAAGGCUAACGUCUGGAUUUGGUAGAGAAAUCUGUCUUUUUUUAUGUCUGUGUAGGGAAAUAUUUGCUGAUUGUGUUCCUAGAUCAGUCAGAUUUCUUUGAUUCUGCCUUUCAUGUUUUACUUGACUUCAAGUGUUAUGGUUACUUCAGAUAAUGUGGUGAUGUCUACUCUUAUCUCUCUACUGGCUUUGCUCACAUAUAUUUGCAAGAUCUUUAGGUUCCUGCUUUAAGUAAAGAGCUCCUGGUUGUCCAAGAAAAGAUGGCCAGCUUAACACGUUUACCCCAUUCCCGGCUCCUUUUUUCCUGCUUGUGCUCUUAUCGGAGCUUAAUGUGACCUGGAAAGUUCGAAGGGUGGAAAACCUCUCUGUCCAAAUCAAUACUGUGCACAGACACCAUACCAGACAUUCACACACGCUGACAGCCCACAUUGCCUCUCCCCUUCUCUCUCGUCAGAGUGCAGAUAGUUUUGUACAAAGGUUAUGUCGUCUUGCCUGCAUGCUGCUUGUUUUUACUUUGUACAUAGCUCCUAAUUUAUUCAACAUAGUGUUUAUAGUAGUAAUUUUUGCACACACACUGACAAUGAUGAAUUUUUAUUUGUAGCCAUUUGUGCUCCUGGACAAGCAGUGUUCAUGAGGUGAUGAGCUUUUUGAUGAUUGUUCACAAUCCUGCACUCUUCUUCUUCCUGUGUAAAGCCGUUGAAACGUGUUUGUAUGGAGAGGAAGAACUGUUGUGUUUCGCUGUAUCUUGUUGGUGGUUUCUUUGAAUAUCAGAGCCUCACGGUGGGUUUGUGGGGGCAGAUUCCUGAGGCUGUUAUUCUGUUUGUACAUUUGUGAAAGUGAAUGAAAAUAUUUGUGACAUCUGUUGUUGGUAACUGCCCUGCAGACAGAAGCACUUUGACACAGUUCAGUUCAGCCCAGGAACAGACCGUGGUCCAAGAAGAAGCUGGGAAACCAUUUAGAUGAUCUGUGUCUGUUCAUAGAUGCUGAAAACAGGGUUAUUUUGUACAGUUCGUGUUUGAUGAGAUGAUGGAGGGAAAAACCCUGGCAUUUAUUCAUCUCUGAUUUUCUGUUAUCCCCUGCUUGCUGAAACCUCCAUGAUGUAAAAGUGAUUAAAUGUGUGCACCCCCCCGCGUGUUGUUUGUACCCCUUCUCGAUGAUAUUUCAACGUGAUGGUAGCUGUAGUUUGGUAGAUGGAUAAGAUACUUUAAAAAAUAAGAAACAGUAAUUAAACUGUGGCUAAAUGUGAUUUCAAGAGAAAUGGUAAUGUCUCAGUCUGAACAUUUCUCCCAGAGUAGUUUGUACAUGUUGAGUGUUUAACAAUGUUCUAUGAUGGUUUUUCUCAUGGUAUUUGUAUUUCUGUAUACACUUUAGUGAUCCUGUCAUAUCUGGGUUUUAUAAACCAUGAUUAUUUUUAAAAUUCA